AUGUCUCGCGUAGGCAUGAGCGGGGAGACAGGGUGGUCUUCGACUGGUCCCCGCCGGAGUCGGUCAGCUAGCAAGGGUAUUUGGCAGGCUUACAUUACAGGACAAUUCUUUAGUGUAUGCAAGGCGGCUUUAUGGUGGUCUACGGUAGGUCUGUUGUCAAUGACAUUGUUGGAUAGUGAGUUGGGAUUGGGUGCGACUCGUGGUGCCUUCAAUGUGGCGUUGUUAUUAAGUUCCCCAUUGGCGGUGCAGGCUGCUGAGGAUCUGGCGUUGCGUCCGUUACUGUUGCACACAACUUCUCUCCGUCUCGCCGUCUGGUCGGUCGGAGUUCCGAUUCUUUACUGGCUCACUGCUACCGGGUUGGCUGGGGACGACGGGACAGACAAGAUCAGGCUGCCACCCGCAGCCCUCUGGACCCUCGUCUGUGCUGCCACCUUCAUUGACGGCAUCGGCGCAGCAUACGCCAACUCCGUUGACAUCGACUGCGGCGGCCUAGAUAUCCUCUCCGCCAAAUACGACCUACGACUCACAGACUAUGUCCGCUUUAAAUACACCAGUCUACACCAAGCUGUCUUCGACGCCGCCUUCCUCGCCUUCGUCACACCCUUCAUUGCCCUCCUCUACUUCCUCUCUACCCGCACCCCCCUCACCAACUACCUCGUUCCUCCCCACAUCGAAGACA